AUUUCUAAUCACACACCAUGAGAAAUUAAUGAUUGAAAGCUGGGAUUCCAAAAGUAAGAACUCCGGCUGAUUUUCUUUCCGUUUAUAAGCACUCACUUAAUCUUGCUUGCUUAUCACCAUUCAUUUUUAUUUUAUAAUGAUGCCUUUGCUUUAAACUGAGUCAGUUCGUCACUAAUCUUCAACUUUGUCGUGAUUGAAAACUAUGUUCUUCUUUUUUCCACUUAAAAUGUUACGAUUUCUGUUUUACAUGAGCCUCAUUUGUCAGACAAUCGGAUUUUUAGGUCCAUUAGAGGAAUCUGACCAUAAAUCAUCACAUUUACGACCGCUUAUGAUGAGCACGAACGAUAAUGCACUUCACGAUGCCUUUGCAGAAAUAUACGCAGCCAAAGCUGAGAAAAUCAUCAUCAACACCACAGAUUUCGAGGUUGUCACCCAUUCGUCCGGCUACAUCGAUAAAACUCCUCUCAUUUUGGAUCUGUUACCGCUUCCAUCCCACAUCGUCAUCCACGGCCCGCGGGGUUUUUCCAAAUCCACAAAUUUAAAUAUGCUCAAAACUUUCUUCGAGCACGAGUUGGGCGAAAACCACCUGGCAAAAGACCCCCAAAAGACCCAUAAGCUAGGACUCUUCAGAGACAAAAGCAUAUUCUCCAAUGGAACACAAUUCUGGAAGCAUUUCGCAAGAUACCCAGUCAUUUACCUUGACCUAGGUUCGGUAAAAACUAAAACCUUUCACGAUUUCACGACUUCUUUUAUCGAGCAUUGCGUUCAUCCCCUGAUGGAAAAAUUUAGUUACUUACUCAACAAUACGAAUAUCUGGGAGUCUUCAGCGCUGAAGACUGUGAGUUUCUCAAAAAGCUACAAAUGGAAGAAAGAGGAGUUGAUAAAAUUCGGCGUCAAUCUUGCGGAACUCGUUCGGCGACACCAUGAUACAAAGAGCAUCCUCCUUAUAGAUGAUUACGACCAUCCUGUUAUUUCUGCUGUCCUUGAUACGCAUGUGUCGCAGGACGACACCAUUAACAUAAUCGAAUUUAUGGGAGCCUUCGUGAACGCCAUGACCAAGCAUAGCGACCACAUAUACCGCUCGGUGCUCACAGGUACCAUAGCAGUCACCCUGGAGUACGAUAUGGAUACUUCCUCAUCCAACGUGGAAUACUAUUCAAUAUUCGACGCAAGAAUAUUCUACAAUGCAUACGGCCUUACGGGAGACGAUCUCAAGGUACUCCAAAAGCAGUUGCAUGUUCCCCCGUCGCAGAUGGAGCUGACGAGAUCGUAUUACCAGGGAUACAACGUGUUUGAUAACAGGUUCGCUGCUGACACGGGGUUGUACAUAAGAUGGGCCCCAGUCGCACCGAAAACCAAGAUUUACAACACGUACUCGGUUCUUGCGUCUUUGAAAAACGUGGAUUUGAAACCCUGGUGGCCUUCAGGGGAAGUUCCGCUCAUACCGCUCAUCACAGCCGACAAGUACGCGACCGAUUUCGAAGAGUGCAUGUUGAGGAGCUGUAGUAUUGACGUGGAGACAUACAUUUCAAGGUUUGAUUUACUGCAGCUGAAAAAGUCAUUGCUCACACCGGAAAAACCCACUGUGACGAGUGAUAUCAUUCUCGCUUUCCUGUUCCAAAGCGGUUAUUUCACGCCGUUGGAACGUAACGGGGACGAGCGAACCAUCACUGCUCCAAAUUAUGAGGUCCAAACGAAAAUGAUCGAGAGUUUCUAUCGGACCGCAUAUUUGUAUAAACGCUACAAUUACACCAAAGAAGACGAGAAACAAUACGUUACAGCGAUGGACAAGCUGAAUUCUACAAUCAGCACGUUUCAAGAUGUUGUUAAAUCCGUGAGGAAUUUGUUUCGGAGCGAAGCUCCGCUCGGAGAAAAAUUUAUGCAGGCUGUCUUGCUCUACCCCCUUGUGAAUUCUGACAAAUUUUAUGCGUAUCGGAUAGAGAAGCACGAUGACCCGUUUCUCAGAUACGAUGCUGUUGCUGAGAGGAGAAGGGACAACGCAGCCAUCGUGGUCACGCUGAGAUGCAGACCUCAGGACCUGAAACGGGCCGUGGGGCAGAUUGUAAAAGCACCGGUGGGUAACAAAUUUGACCUGCUGCCCAAUCGGAAGGAUAAGAUUGAUUUGCGAUUCAUAAUUACUCAAGAUAAAGAAGUUUACGGUUAUUUCAAUUAUACUACGUCCAAAGGUGAUUCGACUUCUGAAUUGUGGCCGACGCUGAAACACUACUGACGACAGAAGUUUUGUUACGAUUCGCUGUUAUUACUGAAUAAAUUUACGUGGUCAAUAUUACUUAACGUAUAGUUUUUGAGAAAUUAUGCGCAAUAAAAACAAAAAAAAAUAUUGAUUAAUGAAUCAGUAUUUUUUUGCUAUUGCGAUUCUUUUCUCGGUCAAUUUUAAAAAUUGAACCAAUUUAAAACUAAAAGGAGCCGUGUGAAUAGAGUUUGCGUGAAAGAUACUCAUUUUGUCAUAAAUACAUCCAAUUUAAGACACGAUUCCAGCCCCUAAGCUUCAUUUUAAGUUUUGAAAAUUUUGUGAAACUCUCUUCUUUGUCUUUUUCAUUUCUGUGAGAAUUAUAGUUAAUUGAAAUUUUCGUAAUAACAUUUAUUACGGUUUGAUAAAAA